AUGUCCUCUCGUCCUCAAGUCUCCGUGCAAAAGCUCUCCGGUGAAGCUUCCGGCAACUCUUUGGCUUUGCCAGCCGUUUUCUCGGCUCCAAUCCGUCCAGACCUUGUCCACAGCGUUUUCACCAGCGUGAACAAGAACAAGAGACAGGCUUACGCCGUCUCCGAGAAGGCCGGUCACCAAACCUCUGCCGAAUCUUGGGGUACCGGUCGUGCUGUUGCCCGUAUUCCUCGUGUCGGUGGUGGUGGUACCCACAGAUCCGGUCAGGCUGCUUUCGGUAACAUGUGUCGUGGUGGUCGUAUGUUCGCUCCUACCAAGACCUGGAGAAAGUGGAACGUUAAGGUCAACCACAACGAAAAGAGAUACGCUACCGCGUCUGCGAUCGCCGCCUCUGCUGUGGCCUCUUUGGUUUUGGCUAGAGGUCACCGUGUCGAGAAGAUCCCAGAGAUCCCUCUCGUUAUCUCUUCUGACCUAGAAUCCAUCACCAAGACCAAGGAAGCCGUCGCCGCCCUAAAGGCCGUCGGUGCCCACUCUGACGUGGUCAAGGUGCUCAAGUCCAAGAAGUUGAGAGCCGGUAAGGGUAAGUACAGAAACAGAAGAUUCACCCAGAGACUAGGUCCUUUGGUUGUGUACGCCAACGACAACGGUCUUGUCAAGGCUUUCAGAAACUUGCCAGGUGUUCAAACCGCCAACGUUGCCUCUUUGAACCUAUUGCAGUUGGCCCCAGGUGCCCACUUGGGUAGAUUCGUCAUCUGGACCGAAGCUGCUUUCGCUCAAUUGGACCAGGUCUGGGGUUCCGAGACCGUUGCUUCUUCCGUCAAGUCCAACUACACUUUGCCAUCCAACAUCAUCUCCAACACCGAUGUUACCAGAAUCAUCAACUCUUCUGAAAUCCAAUCUGUUGUUAGACCAGCUGGCCAGCCAAGCCAAAAGCGUACUCACGUUUUGAAGAAGAACCCAUUGAAGAACAAGCAAGUCUUGUUGAGAUUGAACCCAUACGCCAAGGUCUUUGCUGCCGAGAAGUUGGGUUCCAAGAAGGCCGAGCACAAGAAGGGCUCUGUCUCCAAGGUUUUCGCCGAGACUUUGAAGCACGAGUAA